GGCUGCCCGCGCCGGGCGGACCUGCGGAGGCCUCCGCGGCGGCGGCGGGCGAGACAGCGGGCGAGCGGGCUGCGCGGCCGGGCGAUGAGGCGGCGGCCCCGGGCGCGCGGGCGGGAGCAGCGGCGAGGCCGGCGGGCACGGGGCGCGGGCGGCUGCUACCGGCGUUGUUGAGCCGCCGCGCGGCCGAGGCGAGGGCGCGGGGUCCUCCCGUGGCAGCCAUGCGGGCGGCCGAGUGGCUCGCGGGGCUGCUCUACCAGCUCUCACUCCUGGUCGCCCGCUCUUGGGAACUUCGCUUGCACCCCAGGCAAGAAGCCCUGGUGAAGACGCUGACCUCCUACGAGGUGGUGACCCCCGAGCGGGUCGACGAGUUCGGAGCUGCCUUCCCCGAGAGCCGCCACUUCAGCCGCAGAAGGCGCAGCCCCGGGGCGCCCGAGCCCACGCCGGCCCUGACCCUCUACCGCAUCAGCGCCUACGGGCAGCUCUUCCAGCUGAACCUGAGCGCCGACGCCACCUUCCUGGCCGCGGGCUACACCGAGGUGCACCUGGGAGCCCCCGCGCGCGGGGCGCACGAGCGAGGCGCGGCGCCCCCAGACCUGCGCCACUGCUUCUACCGCGGCCGGGUGAACGCGCGCGCCGAGUUCACGGCUGUCUUCAGCCUGUGCGGGGGUCUGAUGGGAGCAUUUAAAGCGCACGAUGGGGAGUACUUCCUGGAGCCGCUGGUGAAUGCGGACGGCAGUGAGCCCCAGGACUCGCACAACAAGCCGCACCUCAUCUACAGGCGGGACGCGGGGAGGACACCACUGCCGCCACGCAGGCCGUGCGGCGUCGCAGAGAAUCAAGUGAAGAAAGCUGCUCUCGCAUUUCAUAAGCACAGUAACGUGACUACAGAUGUUAAUAGAAAGAAGGGCACAGUUUUAGAAUACCCUUCAAAGAAUUCAUCAUUGGGAGACGAAAGGAGGCCGUCACAUUCCAGGAACAAGCGGUUUUUGUCGUACCCAAGAUACGUGGAGGUCAUGGUCACCGCUGACUCCAAGAUGGCGCGUUAUCACGGGCAGAAUCUGCAGCACUAUGUACUCACCCUGAUGUCAAUUGUUGCACAAAUCUACAAGGACUCAAGUAUCGGAAAUCUUAUAAACAUUGUACUCGUAAAAUUAAUUGUGAUUCACAAUGAACAUGAAGGACCAGUCGUCAGUUCCAACGCAGGCAGCACGCUGCAGAAUUUCUGUUCAUGGCAGCAAACUCAGAAUGUCCUUGAUGACACCCACCCUGCCCACCACGACACAGCUGUCCUCAUCACCAGGGAAGACAUUUGUGGUGCUAAAGAAAAAUGUGACACGUUAGGCCUAGCAGAAUUAGGGACCCUGUGUGAUCCUUCCCGGAGCUGCUCUAUCAGUGAAGAGAAUGGACUGAGUGCUGCCUUUACCAUUGCGCACGAGCUGGGCCAUGUGUUUAAUGCUCCCCAUGACGACAGCUUCAAGUGUAAAGAAGUUGGAAUUAAACAUCCGUAUCAUGUGAUGGCCCCAACUUUAAAUUACGAAACAGUUCCCUGGACCUGGUCAAAAUGUAGUCAGAAAUACAUCACGGAAUUCCUCGACACUGGCCACGGCGAGUGCGUUCUGGACAAACCGAAUGGAAGGACCUAUGAGCUGUUUUCGGAACUUCCUGGACUCCUGUACGAUGUGAACAAGCAGUGUGAACUCAUGUUUGGUCCUGGCUCACAAGUGUGUCCCUACAUGAAACAGUGCCGGCGGCUGUGGUGCACGGGCACAGAAGGCGUUCACAAGGGCUGCCGCACUCACCACAUGCCGCUGGCAGACGGGACGGCCUGCGGCGCUGGCAUGCAUUGCUAUCAUGGCGUGUGUGUAAACAAAGAGAUGGAGAUGCGUCCCGUGGAUGGUGACUGGGGCUCCUGGGGCCCCUACAGUUCUUGCUCAAGAACAUGUGGAGGAGGCAUCAGAAUCACAACCAGGCUCUGUAAUCGUCCCGAGCCAAGAAACGGAGGAAAGUACUGUGUGGGCCGCAAGAUGAAAUUUCGGUCAUGUAACACUGAUUCCUGUCCAAAAGGCAAGGAAGACUUCCGCGAGAAGCAGUGCUCUGAUUUUGAUGGUAAACAUUUGAACAUCAAUGGCGUCCCCUCUAACGUGAGGUGGCUGCCCAAGUACAGUGGGAUUGCCAUGAAGGAUCGCUGUAAGCUCUACUGCCGCGUCUCCGGGACCACCCGCUUCUACCAGCUCAAGGACAGGGUUACUGACGGCACUCCGUGCGGGGCUGACACCAGCGACAUCUGUGUGCAAGGCACGUGUCGGCAAGCCGGCUGUGACCAUGUGUUGAACUCCAAGACCAGGAGAGACAAGUGUGGCGUGUGUGGUGGGGACAGCUCUUCUUGCAAGACGAUGUCCGGGGUUUUCAACAGUGCUCACUAUGGUUAUAACGAGGUCGUAAAGAUUCCCUCGGGAGCAACCAACAUUGAAAUCCUUCAGCACAGCUAUUCUGGAAGAGCAGAGGAUGACAACUACCUGGCAUUAUCUGACAGUCAAGGGAAUUUCCUCUUGAAUGGAAAUUACGUUGUAACUAUGGCAAAGACAGAAAUCAACGUACAAGGAGCUGUUUUUGAAUACAGUGGAUCCAACAGCUCCGUUGAAAGACUUAACGGCACUGAUCGGCUGGAACAAGAGCUUGUUUUGCAGGUGUUGUGUGUGGGUAAUCUAUACAACCCCGAUGUCCAUUAUUCCUUCAAUAUUCCUCUGGAGGAAAAGAGCGAUUUGUUCAUGUGGGACCCGUCUGGCCCGUGGCAGGACUGCUCCAAGAUGUGCCAAGGUGUCCAAAGGAGAAAGCUUGCCUGCAUACGUCAGAGUGAUCACACGGCUGUGUCAGACCGAAGUUGUGAGCACCUGCCGCCUCCACUGCUGCUGAUGGAGAGGUGCAACACAGACUGUGAGCUCAGGUGGCACAUCGUUGGCAAGAGUGAAUGCUCGUCCCACUGUGGUCCAGGGCACAGGUCCCUGGAUGUCCGCUGCAUGAAGUAUUCCGUUCAUAAAGGACAGACUGUCCCAGUAGAUGACCGCUACUGCAGCGACCAGCCUAAACCGCCCGUCCGAGAACCAUGCCACGGGGACUGUGCCUCCGCGAGAUGGCAUUAUUCAGAAUGGUCUCAGUGUUCCAGGAGUUGCGGUCCGGGGGAAAGGUCUCGAGAAUCCGUCUGCGUCAAUAACUUCGGCCACCGUCUCGCUGACCAGGAAUGUCAGGAGCUUCCCCGCGUCACCACCGAGAGCUGCAAUGCGGUUCCCUGUUCCCGCUGGGCCACUAGUGAGUGGAGUGAGUGCUCAGCCACGUGUGGACGUGGGUCCCAGAUGCGUGCCGUGAAGUGCAUCAGUGAGCUGCUGGGCACGGUGCUGGAGGAGCGCGAGUGCUCUGGGACCAGCCGCCCCCAUGACCGGCAGGACUGUGUGGCUGCACCCUGCCCAGGUAUCUCCCACGCUGUGGCCACUUCACUGCCCGCUCUGCCCGUGGGAAUGGCAGCACAGUGGCGACAUGGUUCCUGGACCCCCUGCUCUGUGUCUUGUGGGAGAGGCACCCGGGCCCGCUACGUGAGCUGCCGUGACGCGCACGACCAGGCAGCUGACGAGGCGCGCUGCGCGCACCUGCCCCGGCCUGCUGAAACAGCCGCCUGCGUGAGUCCCUGCGGAGAGUGGCAGGCAGGGAGCUGGUCCCCGUGUUCAGCUUCCUGUGGCCGUGGAAAAGCAACUCGACAAGUCGUGUGCAUGAGCUACCAUCAGCCGAUUGACGAGAGCUACUGUGACCCCGAGGCACGCCCUGUGACGGAACAAGAGUGCACCCUGGCUGCCUGCUCACCCGCCCAGGGCCAUGGCCACAACCACGACCCCCGCUUCCGUUCCUCCGAGCAGCCGAGCCUUGGUCCAGGCAGGAGUUUCUCCCUCAAUCACAAGCUCGAAGGUCCUCAGAAUCAAGGGGUUCCCCCUGUGGCUGGAGAACUCCAGUGGCGAACAGGACCUUGGGGUUCGUGCUCCAGCACCUGUGCCCGAGGCCUCCAGCACAGGGCUGUGGUCUGCCAGGAUGAAGAUGGACGCAGCGCCAGUUCCUGUGACGCCGCCGCCAAGCCCCCAGAGUCCAGGCACUGUGAUUCCGGCCCUUGUCCACGGUGGAUCCACGGGAGCUGGGGAGAAUGUACACAGACAUGUGGAGGAGGAAUAAAAUCAAGAUUUGUAAUAUGUCAGCUUCCCAAUGGCCAAGUAUUACAAGAGCACCACUGUGAAAGCUCAGACAAGCCACCUCAUGUGGCCCAGUGCCACACGCACGCGUGCCCUGAUGGUGUGUCGUGGCAUCGGGGGCCGUGGAAGUCGUGCUCAGCUUCCUGUGGGAAAGGUAUAAAGCACCGUGAUGUGCUUUGCGUUCACCAGUUCCAAGGGAAAGUGGGAGAAAAAUACUGCAGUCACCUGCCCAAACCUCGAACCCACAAAGCCUGCAGGUCUCCUAGAUGCCCUUCAUGGAAAGCCAAUAGGUGGAAGGAGUGCUCUGCGACCUGUGGCUCUGGAGUCCAGCGAAGGGAUGUGUUCUGCAGGCUGCGAGGUGAGGGCCCGGUGCCUGCGGAGAGGUGUGACCCGUCCAGCCGGCCCUAUUCUCACAGGCAGUGUUGGCGUCAGGAUUGCGCGCAGUACCGGUGGACGGCAGAAGAGUGGCUGCGUUGUUCACCAUCAUGCAAGAAGAAAGAGACCUAUCGGGUGGUGAAAUGCGCUGAUGUGCAGGGCGUCCCAGUGAGCGACAGUCUCUGUGACCCUGCGACGAGACCUCUGUCUGUCCAGAAGUGCAAGAACCCUCUCUGCAAGUAUGUCGUGGUAACAGGUGACUCCUCACAGUGCGCAGGCAACUGUGGGUUCAGCCACCAACAGCGGAUCACGUACUGUGUCGGGAUCCCGUCUGCGAGGAAGCAGAAGCCCCUGCAGCUCCGGCCUGUGGCCUACCGAGAGUGCCCCGUGCUAACCUCCCCCCAGGCUUACCAAUGCAUGGCGAGGAGGUGUUUGCGUGUGGCCUCCUGGAAGGUUGGGAAGUGGAGCAAGUGCUCGGUGACCUGUGGAACUGGAGCAGUGGAAAGAAGGGUGGAGUGUGUGACUGAAGAUGGGUGGCCCAGUGACUUGUGUUUGAAGCAUUUAAGACCACAUGCUCAAAAGAAGUGUUACGUCAGUGACUGUAACUCACUUACCACCUGCAAGGAAAUCCAAGUGAAAAACAACAUCACGGACGAUGGUGACCAUCUCCUUAAUGUUAAGGGAAGACUCAUAAAGAUCCACUGUGCAGACAUGCACUCGGACAACCCCAGGGAGUAUUUACCACUGGUCAAAGGAGAGCAAGACAACUUCUCGGAGGUAUAUGGCUCUAGGCUGCAAAACCCCUAUGACUGUCCUUUCAAUGGGAGUAGGAGGCAAGACUGUGAAUGUAAACACGACUACCUGGCUGCUGGAUACACAGUUUUCAGCAAAAUAAGAGUCGAUCUCACUUCCAUGCAGAUUAAAACCACAGACCUCCUGUUUUCCAAGACACUCUCUGGAAAACCAGUUCCAUUGGCCACAGCUGGAGAUUGCUACAGUGCUGCCCGAUGCCCGCAGGGACAGUUUAGCAUCAACUUGGCAGGAACAGGGAUGAAGAUUUCCAGCACGGCCAAGUGGCUCGCUCAGGGCAACUACGCCUCAGUCGUCAUCCGCAGAUCCCAGGAUGGAACCAAAGUGUACGGCAGGUGCGGAGGGCUCUGUGGGAAGUGCGUUCCGCACGGGACUGCCGGGCUCCCAGUUCAAGUGCUGUGACUUAGGAGGUGGGACGUGGGGCCCAGGAGGAGCCGUUCUCCAGAACAGGGAAGGAACCGGUGCUCAUUUCUCCACUCUUCCCUUCCCGCGACGUCCAGCCAGACGGCUCUGCCUUCUCUUCAGGUGCUCAUCAGGGAGUCAAACCACUGCUUCCUUUGCUUCAAGACGUUGAGAUGACCUUAGCAAAUCAUGACUCUGGUCAGGGCCUUUUGGAAGAAAUCACUACUUCAUGGGAGGGAAUUCAACGCUGUUUGAACUAUACCAAGACGCCACUGGGUGAACAGCUUGGCCUGGACCAGACCCACCGCAUGGUCUCCAAACCCACUCGCCGGUGUCUGCUCCAUGUCCUGCUUGUUGUCCUGGGCAAGUGGAUGUCAGGAAGAAGUUUCCUGAGAAGGACUACAGUCCUUGCUGAGCUGUCAGCUGAGGAGUGACUCGGUACGUCAAGAGCACACAGCCAUUAUACUUUCUACUGAUACAGUUUAGAUACCUUGGUUUAUUGUUCCGUUAAUUUAAAAUUGUAGAUGAUGGUGCUUCAUUGGGAAAAAAACCUCCUAAAAAUGGUACCAAUUUUAUAUUAACUAUUUAUGCUUGUGUUAAAUGCUAAAUACAAGAUUUUGUGGGUAUACAAUAUAAGAAAUGAAAUAUAGAGUUUAAUUUUAAAAACCUACCUCUAAUUUGAUUGUACUUAAAAGAACAAUAACUUGUUUUUAUAUUUAUAUUCCAUCAUGCCUUUAUAAUCUUGUGUGUAUAUAUGUAUGUGUCUAUUUAAAGAUCUAUCUUCUCAAAGUUGUAUACUGUAUUUUAUGAAUCAAAUGCAAAAGUAAGAAUUCUUAAAGUUUUGAAAAUUCUAUUUUGAUAGACAAAGUUAUAUUUACAGAUGCAAGAUCUUUGUCAGAGAUGUUCAUGUUAUUUUAUAUCAGAGGUUUCUAUAGAAAUGAAUAAUUCAUGACAAACUAUUAGAUAUCAGGAGUUUUUUUCAUGUGGAUAAUUUGUGUGUUAUGUGAAAAUAACGUGACUUAAAAAGUCAGGUAGGCAAAUAUUUUUUUACAGCAACCUGCUCGGUAAACCAAAAGAAACUGGAAUCUACUAAUAGAUUUUUUUGCCAGUAAAUAGUAGUGUGCUAGUUUUACCCACAAAGCAUUUUUCCCCAGACAGUCAUGAGGGAUAUAUUGUAUCAUAUAAGGUACUAAAGAAGUUUCAUGCCAGUGUAGUUAAAUAAACAUUUGGGGAUCUCUGUAUCAGAAAAGAAGUAUUUUGCACUAUGUGCCUUAGACCAGUGACACACAGUAACAGUAUAUAGCAAUAUGUUGCACAUAUUUUGUUUCAUAAUUAAAAUCUUAUAAUUUAUAAACAUUUAAAUAAAAAACAUACUUGUGUGUA